AUAUAUAUAUAUAUAUAUAUGUGUGUGUGUGUGUUAUUGUUAACGAAUUCAAAACUACAGAAGCUGAGUUUAUUUACACAUAUGAUAAAAUAACGUAAUAGUUAAAGUUUAGGGCGUACGCUCUUCAACUGAACCAAAAAAUUACGUAAAGGAUUCAGGCUAAUAGUAAAUCACUGUUGCAUAGUAUUGCAAUGGGUUAAUGGUAGUGUAUUCGUAGAGUUAGGACACUAUCGUGGUAAUGAUAUUCGAUGUAUACAGCAUUGAAAAUAUAUCGUUUCGUGGUGUAGAAUAAAAAAAAGUUCACUACUGACAGCCGUAGCAUGUAAAUUGAAAUUGUGAGAAAGUUAAAAAUGUCGUAUGAAGAAUAUUGGACAUUCCCAGUGUCAAAUCGGAGUCACAGACAUAGAAUCUUACCCCUCCAAACUAACAGUAACAUUAGGCUUAGGCCUACACUACAAUUAGGCUAUCAAUAAAGCUCAAAAUAGCUUAAUGCGAUUAUUAAAUUAAUGAUUUGUGGUAGAAUAUCCAGACGAGGAUUUUUAAAGCAUAAAAAGAUGGGAGACAAGAAUUCUGAAAAUAGUGAUGAUCAUUUCACAGUAGCUGCCAAAGUUCAGAUGACUGGUAUUCUUAUGAAACGACCAUUUGGACAUCACUCAAAUAAAUGGACAAAAAGGAUACAGCACAAAGAAAUUGGAGGAAUGUAUGCUACUGACCUCCUCCAACCCAGAUUCUUUGUAGUGAAAGAUGGAUUUUUGCUUUAUUAUUCUGAAAAUGAAAAAAAGAUGUUUGAAAAAAAAAGUUGUUUCAACAUUCAUCCAAAAGGAGUCAUUCCAUUAGGUGGUAGUACAGUUGAGCCAACAUCAGAUGCCUCUCAGCCUUAUCUGCUUCGAAUCAGUAGUGAUGAAUACAUUUCUGGCCACUUUGUUUUAGCAGCUGACUGUGAAAUGGAAAGAGAAAAAUGGUUAAAUAUUUUACAAGAGGCAAGCAGAAUUAUCCAUUUGUGUGUGUUUAAUGGACUUGUGAACAAACCAAAGGUGUUAUCCUGA